AGCACACAAAAGGUAUCAGGAAUUAGACGUGCCUUGUCAGUUAUCACUCUAGACAGCGGGCAUUUCCCUGCCCCACAUCUGUCGUAGUAGCCCAAGGAUCAUUUUGACAUCUGAGUCAUAGUAGUGUUGGGGCUAUUGUCUAUCUAACUGUCCCCUUGCUACGGCUUAAUUUCUUUCUUUUGUGCUACACGUCAAAGGUUCUCGCAAUGUCGCUCACCGACUCCUCCGCAGUUGAUAUCGCGAGGACUGCGUCCUUAGCCUCUCGUCAACUCGCAACUUUGCCCACAAUUGACCGCAACGAUGCGUUGACAGCGCUUCACGAUGCUCUAUCGAGAAAUCGAGAAAUCAUCCUUGAUGCCAACGCAAAGGAUGUUGCGAUAGCAAGCCAAGCGGCUAAUAAUGGCAGCCUCAGCCACAGUGUCCUCAAGAGGCUCGACCUGUCGAGACCUGGGAAAUAUGAUGACAUGCUAAAGGGGAUUCUUAGUGUACGGGAUCUGGAAGACCCAGUGGGGAGAGUGACCCUAAGGAAGCUACUGGAUGAUGGUCUCAUCCUGGAGAGAGUGAGCUGUCCUAUUGGUGUCUUGCUGAUAAUAUUCGAGGCCCGUCCCGAGGUGAUCGCGAAUAUCGCGGCACUAUCAAUAAAAUCAGGAAAUGCUGCCAUUCUGAAAGGAGGGAAGGAGUCGACUGAGUCCUUCAUCGCCAUAUCAAAAGUGAUAUCUGAAGCGAUCUCGGGAACACACGUACCCGAGGCAUCAGUCCAGCUCGUUAAAACCAGAGACGUUGUUUCGUCACUUCUAGCGCAGGAUUCCUUGAUUGACCUGGUCAUACCCCGUGGUUCCAACGACCUUGUCCGAUUUGUCAAGGAGAACACCAAGAUUCCGGUUCUCGGCCACGCUGAUGGUCUUUGUUCUGCAUAUCUCCAUGCUGAUGCAGACCCAGCAAUUGCUGUCAAAGUCAUCGUUGAUGCUAAAACAGAUUAUCCAGCUGCUUGCAAUUCGUUGGAGUCUUUGUUGGUCCAUGAAGAUGCCCUUGGAACAAUAUUCCCCGGUGUCGCUGAGGCCCUUCUGGCCAAGGGAGUCCGUCUUCGUUGCGACAUUCAAUCAAAAUCUGCUCUCUUGAAAAGUAUAUCCUCCCCACCCGCAGAUUUACUAGAAGAUGCAGUCGACUCGGAUUUCGACACUGAAUUUUUAGAUCUUGUCCUAGCUGUCAAGACCAUUCCUUCAACAUCUUCACCAAUCUCAGCUGUCGAGAAUGCGAUUUCUCAUAUCAACUCACAUUCGUCGAAACACACAGACCUAAUUGUGACAGAGUCGAAAGAGAUUGCCGAAUAUUUCAUGAGUGGUGUGGAUAGCGCUGGGGUCUUCUGGAAUGCAUCGACUAGAUUCGCAGAUGGAAUGAGGUUCGGAUUUGGCACUGAGGUUGGCAUCAGUACGAAUAAAAUCCAUACGCGAGGGCCCGUGGGUUUAGAUGGAUUGACCAUCUACAAGUAUCUGCUCAGGGGUCAGGGACACAGGGCAGGAGAUUAUUUUGAAGGAGAGGGAGGUAAAAAGUGGAAACAUGAGAAUCUAGCUAUUUAGUGGCUUCAUUUAUGAAUGAUUUGCGAUCUCGACCGGCACAAU